AUGUCGACAGGCCUGAAGGUAUUACUAGAUGCAGCUCAGUAUAUUGAGCAUCAAGAAAAAUUAAAAAGAUCACCAAUUCCGGCUUCAACUGACUCUACAGAGCUAUGCUAUGUGGGCCAAUGCUCUACGGAAUUCGAUAUAUUAGGUGGCGUCAGCAGCAACAACAACAACAACAACAACGUUAUAAACACAAGGAGCGCACGAACUACAACUGACAUAAUUCAACAAGUGUCCUCAUCUGCACCUGCUUCAAGUGCCACAUUUCAUCAUCUCAGCAAUGGGGUAAUUAUAACAAACAACAAUAGUUCUCUUACUGGAAGUCAAUUGGUAGUUGAAGCGAGGGCUACCAACCCUAAGCAAAACAACAACAGAACAAUAAAUGAUUAUGAAUUCACUAGAAAUAUUAGUGGUACAAUCGCAACUUUGAAAGGCAGUUCAAGAGUGUCGCAUUCUUCGAAAUCAUCAUCAACACAUACGAACAGUGCAACUGAUGAAGCAGUUAAUGAUUCAAGCAUCACGGAGGAUACAUUUUCCUCAAAAUCUAAUAAAGUGCAGGAACACCAAGAACAAUUACUCCUACAACAAAUACAAGAUGAGCAUAGUAAAGGGAACAGUGGUCCCUGUAAUAAAUCGAAAACGUAUAGACUUGUGGAAAGCGGUGGCGAGAUUGUUGUUGUGACCGCUGCUGCUAACAAGCAAAUGUUGCUGAAUGAUGGGCUGCGUGUUGCAUCGCCGGCGGCAACAUUGGGGGAUGCGUCGUCCAAAGCGAUUAGCAUACCCAAACAGACGCAGCAGCAUCACUCGGUAGCGUCAAAACUUUUGCUGGUCAACAGCACUUCCGCCCCGCAUUCAUUACGUUAUAAGUCUACCGAGCCUCUUACCCCACCACCCGUCGCGACAAACCAACCACUUUUAAACAAUGGAGACCAUGGAGAAAUGAUCGUUGAGGACAGAAACGCAAUGCAUUGCAUUGGGGGUGACCAUUCACCGUCACGACAGAACUCGACCGGUAGUCAUUACUUACAGUUGAUGUCAGCGCAACAUGCAGCAGUGGGUUCGCAAAUAAUGCACGUGACACCCACGAUCGGCGGCAGCGGUCGGAGACGAACCAUCAGUUCCAAUAGCAAUGG